CAUGAUUUAACCCAUACCCUAACUGAAGCUUCAAAGGAACCGGUGUUCUCUCGAAGUGUGGGAGGAAAAAACUGAAGUUAUGUGUUACUUUGAAUAAGCAAUUUGUUCAUUUUAGUAUUUAUAAUACAAAGUUAUGCAUUCUUUGCAUCUUCUGCCUGUCAUCGAAUCUGCCUCUGAAUGACAGACGUCUGCCUGCAUAAAUUCCCGACUUAUGUCUUGUUGACCCAUGGCUUUUAAAUCACAAUUGAAGUGUACUUUUAAAAUAAUACCAAAAUAUUGCACGUCUACUACCCAAUGACAAAAACAACCUUUCGCAUUUUUUUGCUUUUUGGCCUGCUUUAUAUCAACUCCAGAAACUGAUAGGGACAAUUACAAGCGUUCUAAACGUUAACUUAUCUCCCAACUCCACGUAUUUCCUAAUAUAGUAUAACAUUGUUUGCAGUUAACAUAACAGAUAUUAUAUUGGAUCAAAAGGGCAUUUUAAAUAACAUUGUGAAAGAUUGUCAAUUCAAGCAUUUGUCGACAGAUUUAGUGUUAAGCUCUUGAAUGUCACUUGUAUUAGCCUAAUGUCUUACAAUUUGUGCUGUAUGUGUAAGUAAGUACUAAGUAAGUAGUACUUAUGGUAUGUGGUUGUCUUACCGAGCUACCUUAACAUGAAUGCACUAAGUUGCUCUGGAUAAGGACCUUUGUUAAAUGUAUACGUAAUGUAGUACGAUAACCUUGAGCUAGGAAACUACGAGACACCGUCAUUAUGUUCAUAAUCAUGCAUUGCUACAUCAGACUCCAGGCCUCUGUAAAUAUGUUCCCUUUUCCAAGAUGACUGGGAGUGACAGGGGAGCUGUUUUUAUCAGCUGUCCCCCAUCAGGGUUUAAGAGGCAGGCCAGGCUUUACGCCGCAGUUUGACCCACAAACCUUCGACUCCUCACUGACCAGCAGGAAGCUAGUUUAGUUGUGAAGCCAAACAACAACAGACAGAGUACUGGGGUGUAUUUAUUACGCCAAUUCUGUUGAAAAACUUUUUUUUUACUCCAAAUGGAAAACGUUUUGCAACGAAAACGAGUUUCUAUUUGACAAAUUCAGACUUCCUUUUGAAAACGUCGCUGGGCACUUAGUUGCCUUUUUUUUUAAUUUUAGUUUUUUGGGGGGGGGAAUCGUUGGGAUUCUAUCGUGCCGCCAUGUCCACCUCCUAUAAGAAGGAAGUAGUGAACUACAGGGACGUGGACGAGGAUGAACUACUGAAGAAACUCUCAGAGGAAGAGCUACAGAGGCUGGAGGAUGAGCUGGAGGAGUUAGAUCCUGACAAUGCCCUGUUGCCGGCCGGGAUGAGGCAGAAGGAUCAGACCAAGAAGGCGCCGACCGGAACCUUCCAGAGAGAGAACCUGGUAGCCCACCUGGAGAAGCAGGCCAAGGAACACCCUGACAAGGAGGACCUGGUUCCGUUCACUGGAGAGAAGAGAGGUAAAGUCUUUAUACCUAAGAAGAUGGUGGACCCCAUCAUGGAGAAUGUGACUCUGGAGCCAGAGCUGGAGGAAGCAUUGGCCAACGCCAGCGACGCUGAGAUCUGUGACAUUGCCGCCAUUCUGGGAAUGCACACUCUAAUGAGUAACCAGCAGUACUACGAGGCUUUGGCCAGCAGCAAUAUAGUCAACAAACAAGGCCUUAACAGUGUUAUCCAGUGUACUCAGUAUAAGCCUGUGCCUGAUGAGAAGCCCAACUCUACUGACGUGGAGGAGACGCUGUUGAGGAUGCAGAGGAACGACCCUGACCUGCUGGAGGUCAACCUCAACAACAUCAAGAACAUUCCAGUGAAGACACUGAAGGCUUAUGCAGAAUCCCUGAUAGAGAACACUGUAGUGGAACGCUUCAGCAUCGUGGGAACCAGGAGUAAUGAUCCCGUAGCCUUUGCCCUGGCAGAGAUGCUGAAGGUGAACACCACACUGAAGAGUCUAAACAUAGAAUCCAACUUCAUCACGGGGACGGGUAUCCUGGCUCUCAUAGCCUCACUGCAGUCCAACACAACCCUGCAGGAACUCAAGAUCGACAACCAGAGCCAGCCGCUAGGUAACAAGGUGGAGAUGGAGAUAGCCAGCAUGCUGGAGAAGAACACCACGUUGCUGAAGUUUGGCUACCACUUUACCCAGCAGGGCCCCAGGCUGAGGGGCUCCAACGCCAUGAUGAACAACAACGACCUGGCUCGGGUAAUCCGAUCUGAUCAUCACUCGGACGGUUCCUUUACCCUCACUCUGUCCGUGCCGGAACUGGAGAGGGCAUUUGGUAAAAAGUUCAAGCCGAAACUCACCAAGACCAAGAAAUAAGAAAGAGAAGGCUUGAAGGAGGUCCCAUCUUCCCCAAGUGUCGGACAAGCGUGUAGCGCCGUGCCAGGCGGCAGCACUGCCCGGCCCCGCCCAGCCCCGUAUUCAGCCAGACGCCAUCCAACAGAUAUCCCAUCAACCCCUGCUUCCCCAACCCUAACCUUGACCCCUCCUCGAUGACAGAAAUCGUUCCAAUUCGAAUGUCAGGGGCUUUGGCAAAUCUUGUUCCUACUGUGGCAUGGAGUUGAUCUACUAUUGUAAAUUAGUUUUAUUCCCUUCACAGUUUUCUACUGAUAUCGGUUUAGAUAUCUUCAGUAAUAAUAAUAUCUGGUAAUUGUGACAUAGAGAAGCAGCCCACCUAUACAGAAAAUAUUUAUUUUGUUGUUAGUUUGUUUAUUGGAGAUUAAUUUGUUGUGGUUGAAGAUGAAAUGGUGUUACACCCAUAAUGUAUAUUGUACCACAUGCCAUGGGCAGCAGAUAGCCUAACGGUUAAGAGCGAAAGGUCGCUGGUUCAAAUCCCCGAGCCGACUAGGUGGGAAAGAAAUCUGACGGAUGUGCCCUUGAGCAAGACACUUCACCCUAAUUGCUCCUGUAAGUCGCUCUGGAUAAGAGCGCCUGCUAAAUGACUAAAAUGUAAAUGACUCAACUUGGUUAUGAUGUUAAUACCACAUUACGUAUUUCAGCAUUUCGCUACCACGUAACGUAAUGUUUUUCAGUGUGAGGUUCAUAUAAGAUAAGUUGUUAGCCUGCAGUUCAUGCUGUCUGUAAGCAAAGGCACAUAACGGUUACAUAGAAGCUAUGUUCAGAGGAAUUGUUGCAGAUUGAAAACAUUUUGGGGUGUAAGUUGUUUGUUUGUCAAAGUUUACCCUAUAGAGACAGCCACUAAAAGCUGGUCCGAGAUCAGUUUGUCCGCUAUGGUGUAAAUUCUGUAGUAUUACUGAUCUCUAGUCAGUUUAAAUCUUCUCAGUCAAACCUUACACAGAGAGAGGUUGCUACUAAGCGUUGGUUCUAGAUCAUUUUCGUGACGAAGUCGAUAUCUACUUGGACUGACCAGGUGAAAGCGAUGAUCUUUUGUUGAUAACACUUGUUAAAUCCACUUCAAAUCAGUGUAGAUGAAGGGGAGGAGACAGGUUACAAAAGGAUUUUGAAGCCUUGAGACAAUUGAGACAUGGAUUGUGUGUGUGUCAUUCAGAGGGUGAAUGGGAAAAACAAAAGAUUUAAGUGCCUUUGAACAGGAUAUGGUAGUAGGUGCCAGGUGCACCGGUUUGAGUGUGUCAAGUACUGCAACGCUGCUGUGAUUUUCACACUCAACAGUCCCUUGUGUAUCAAGAAUGGUCCACCACCCAAAGGACAUCAAAGCGCAUAAGGAAGGUGUUCCUAAUGUUUUGUACACCCAGUGUAUACCAGGUUUGUUCACCAGUGUGUUGGUCACUGAUGGACAAACUGAUAUAGGACUAGCUCUUAGUGGCUGUCUCUCUGACUGAGGCUGAUUUGGAAUCAGUACUUAAACCCGCCAGAUGUGAUGACAUGUCAUCAUGGCAAGUUAUGAUUGAUUAUGUUAAAUGAUUACUUUAGUUACACAGUAAAGGGAGUUGCAGCAUUUCCCCCCUCCCCUUUUUUUCAGUUACACUGGUAGAAAUGCUGUCAGUUGAAUGUGUCUGCAACCCAGAAGUGUGCAAACUAUGAAUUCACUGUAAUCACUCUGUAGCCUAUCAAAGCCCAAGAAAAAGCAUAAAGACAAACGACUUGUCCUGCCUGUUGUAAGAUUCUAUGAGAUUUUUCCUUAAUGAACACUCCGUCAGGUAUUGUUGCUAUGUGGCCAGGUAUCAGAGUUGUCAUGCGCCGUUUGUUUUUGAGGGGAGCGCUAAUGACUAAAUUCAAUAUCCUAUCAUUAAAUCCGUGUAAAAUAAACUAUAUAUAUAUUUAUAUUAUAUUGGAUGAAGGAUGGAUGAGGGGGGUACAUGCCCCCUCAGAUUCAAAGGGUAUGAUGCUACUGAUUAGGUAUAUUACUGUAUGGUCAAAAGGGACAACUAUGGGGUGUACAACAACCCAUCCCAGUAUGAACUACUGCUGAAUAUGACUGUGUUCUCCCUGCCCUAGCCUGGCUGUUGUUCUUUCUCCACAACAUUUGCUUGAGUAUUGCGUACGUUUUUGUUAGAUAUGUCACAUUAUUGUGUUUUGUUGUUGUUCAUGGAUAAAUCAGGUUUGAAAGUA